AUGGAUAAACAAAAUGAAUAUUUUGCACCGCCUCCUCCUCCUCCACAUCCAGAAAUUCUAGUUCCAAUAGUUCCAAUUAGAGGUCAAUAUCCUGUGCGUUGUGUAUGUAUAAAUUGUCAUCAAAAUAUUGUGACGCGAAUCGAAAAGAAAAAUGGUCUUAUGACAUGGGCCAGUGUUGGAGGUAUUUGUUUCUUUGGAGCUCCAUGCGGAUGUUUUCUUGGGUGCUGCUUGAUUCCACUCUGUAUUGAUGAUCUCAAGGACACAGUACAUCAUUGUCCAAAUUGUUCUAUCAUUCUUGGCAUAGAUAAAAUGGUUUAA